UGGGACAGAGUGCGGAAGAACGUUAUUUGUUCAGUUGCUUGUCUCAAGGCACCUUGUUGUUUCUAUUCAAAUCAGUGAAUGCUGCUGUGUGCUGGAAUAAUUAGACAGGACAUGAUGUGUUGAUGCAUCGGACGUUUCAAUCAUUUGUUUUCUCUGAAAUAGAAUUGCUUGGUUUGCAAUCAACUUGCAACCACAUUGUGCUGUGGAUUAAGGUAGAGGAUAGAGUGUGAGCCAUACAGCACAGAAACGAGCCCUUUGGCCCAGCUCAUCCAUGUCGACCAAGAUGCCCUAUUAGGCUAGUCCCACUUAUUCGCAUUUGGCCUAUACCUCUUCAACUCAAUGGUAUGAACAUUGAAUUCUCCAAUUUUAGUAAUGCCCCCUUCUCAUUGGCUGCAGCGUUGGCAAGGGCAACAACAAAUGAAAUCCUUCAGAGUGACCUUUCUCUUCUUCAUUAUGUGCCGAAGCUCUUGGAUGGCACCGAUGGGAUUACACAGUUUGACUCAACGAAGCUAGCCCGAAUGGUGUUCAUCAAGCUCCACAUGGUCUGCUGCAGCUGGGUGAAGGACUUGCCUUUAACAAGAAGAUCACAUCCCUAUUUCGAAACAUCAAUUCAUGCCAUCAAAAACAUGCGCAGGAAAAUGGAGGAUAAACAUGUUUGCCUGCCUGAUUUCAAUACUCUCUUUAAUCUAGAGGACCAGGAAGAACAAUCAUUUUUUGCUGUGUUUGAUGGACAUGGAGGGGUGGACGCUGCAAUUUAUGCCUCCAUCCACCUUCAUGUGAACCUGGCCCGUCAGGAAAUCUUCCAGCAUGACCCUGCUGAGGCCUUGUGUCGUGCCUUUCGUCUCACGGACGAACGAUUUGUCCAGAAGGCUGCCAGAGAGAACAUGCGAUGUGGCUCAACUGGAGUGGUGACCUUUUUGCGGGGCAACAUGCUGCACAUAGCCUGGCUUGGGGACUCCCAGGUAAUGCUGGUCCGAAGAGGCCAGGUCGUGGAACUGAUGAAACCACACAAACCUGAUCGAGAGGAUGAAAAGCAGAGGAUCGAGGCACUCGGAGGCUGCGUGGUCUGGUUCGGGGCCUGGAGAGUUAAUGGAAGCCUUUCCGUCUCCAGAGCGAUCGGGGAUGCUGAACACAAACCAUACAUCUGCGGUGAAGCAGACAGUGACACGCUCAUGCUGGACGGGACCGAGGACUAUCUCAUCCUCGCCUGUGACGGCUUCUACGAUACCAUGGAACCGGAGGAAGCAGUCAAGGUGGUGGCCGACCACCUUAAGGAGAACAACGGUGAUAGUAGCAUGGUGGCGCACAAGUUGGUGGCAUCCGCACGAGACGCUGGUUCCAGCGACAACAUCACCGUCAUCGUGGUCUUCCUGCGGGACCUGAACGCGCCGCUGGAAGAGGAGGAGGCCAACGGAGACUCAAAGUGGUCAGGCAACUCUUUUGACGGGGCACAGGGCGAUGGCAGGGGCGAUAUAGAGAAUGAAGGUGACUUCCAAGGACCUCGGACCCAGCCUCACUAUGGGACUGGCUCAGAGCUCGCCCAAGAUACUCGCGAGGAUUCGCUCACCGACAGAACUAGUCUGACUUUAGGCCCUCGGGUCAUCCACCUUUGCGACCAAGGUUCGCAGGGUCAUCAAGCGCUGGCGGCCAGUGCCAAGGACUCCCCUCCGCCACAAUGCAGACCGAAGAGGGCUGAUCCGCCCAGCGUGGAACUGCCGUUCUCAACCUUGCAGGAACGAGGGGAUUUUGAGCUGGACAAGGUCCAGCCUUGGAAACCUUCGCUGGCCGGCCAGAGCAAAAGCUGGAGCAGCAGGGCAGAGAGGCCGGCUCCCCUCUGUCCCGCCGCCCAGGAUAAUCCCACCGCGGUCCACAGAGUCUCCUGCGCAGUGAAUCCGCAAGGACAACAAUCAACCCCACCGCCACAGCACGGCGCAUCCCUCCUCACACAGAGACACAGCAGCAAAACCAGCGCCGGGCCAAGCAGUCGGAAUCACAGGGGGGCAACUCACUUGGAAUCACGGCAGAAAAAAGUGGGCAGUAUAUGUCACUUGGGCUGGUCUGGCGUCAGCUGGCACCAGCAGUUGGCAACUAGUUUACGUGGCGUCUGUCUACUGCAACAGUAAAUAAUUAAUGUAGUUCCACCAUUACUAGACCAACACCCCUGCCCCCUUUCCCAGGCUUUUUUUCCACUAGAUUACUUACAUUUCAAAUGAAUAGUCAGCACGCUGUUUUAUAUUCCAGCCUAAGAGUAAUUUAGCCACAUCACCCAUAUGAGAGUCUAAUCUGUUUUCCCCCCAAAACAGAGCUGGCUUCACCAUGGUGCCUUUUGUGACUGAGGACACCUCACUGAUAUUGACCAGGGGUAUGAGCAGACCUGGGUCAGAAUGUGAAGUAGAGGAUAUUUAUGUAGAGUCCUCAUUCACAUCAGGCAAGAGGUUCCCUUUGCACUCUUGGAUGGGGAUCAACCCUAGCCAUGCUGACCAUUUGUAAGCCACAAUUUGACCUGUUGGUCAGAUACCACAUGCUGGGCCACCUCAGUGGACAGCUGAGAACCAGCCUCAUUGGUGUUGGACUGGAGUCACAUUUAGGUCAUUUGACAUGUUUUAUUCCUUAAAGGAAACAAUAAAAUAGUUUUUUGUGGCAGCAAUGGUCACCUUCACACAUUUAUUUCCUAUGAAAUGAUUGCAAAUUCUCAAAUUGCCCAAGAUGCGAUUAGAACUAUUACUGUGGAUUAUUGGUCUGGCAAUAACUACAAUAGACAUUACUCAGUCUUUAAUAUCUUUCUCCCACCCGAAUCUAGUGUUCAGUUUCAUUUUACUAUGGACUAUCUCCAGCUGGUCUGGCGAGUGACUCUCAUGUGACUAUCCCCCACUCCCCAGAACUGGGCAAUCGCCAGGAAACAACUGGAAGGUCAAAGAGACCUUUGCUCAGAUAUUCACUUCUAAAAUGUAGUCAGUCAAAAAAACUGGCCUGAGGGAAAAGAUCCAAUUGUGAAAGGGGAAGUGAAGUGGUGAGUUAGUGUGGCAGUGAAUCUUUCUGAAACUGUGGAGCUCAAAGAAGUACAGUAAUCAUGACGCUGUUAGCAUUCAAUAGUGAAAAGUAUUUAAAUGUCUCUUGCUGUAGAUUUCAUUUGAAACUAAUCAAAUCCAUUUUCAAACUAAUUAUUCUCACAUCUAUAAAAGCUUUCCCUCAAGGAUCCUGUAAUAGUUACACAUUGAAUAGUUGUUCUUUAAUAUACAGUAAUAAACUAGUCUUCUGAUCAGGUCAAUUCACACCAAAUAUCAAUAGUAGCAACCCCAUGAAAGCAAUGAGUUCACUGUAAUAGUUAAAAUUUAUCAUGUAUCUCCUCAAUAAACUAAAAGUAAUUCUGUAACAUGUAUGAUGCAUUAGUAGUUCUGAUCUGAGUAUAUACCUGUACUGGUACCUGUACCAGUCUGAUUAUUAACUGUGCUAAUACACUGUUCAUAUGCAAUGGAACAUGUGCCACUUUCUGUAGCAGCCCAACUGUGAUCAAUGUACCAGCACUGGCAGCGAGGUCUCACAAUAUAAUUUCACCUGUAUUGGUAACCUUUAGUAAUCCAGCCAUUCAACUGAGCUAUGUCUAACUGUGCAUCUAUCUGGCAUUUGUGGUCUGACUGUAGUCCACUACAGCAUUGAUACUUACAACAGUCUAAUGAUUUACGUGUACAGGUACUCACAAUGGUCUGACACUACCUGUUCGUAUUCCUGUGCUGGUACCUGUAGCAGUCUGAUUACAGAAGUAUCUGCAGGUACUGACUGUACACCUAUAGCAGCUCAACUGUACUGCUCUAACUGCAUAUCUGUUCAGGUACUUGUCAUUCUACAGGGACUAAUCAUACUUGUAUCAGUUUCACUGCAUACCUGCAUUUGAACCUGUGGCAGUUUGACUGUGCUACUUCAAAUGCAGCUUUCCCUGUAGCUGUGGAGGUACUGACUACACUUAUAGCAGCUUGAUAGUACAGUUCAUGUGUACUAGUUCCACACUUUAGAGCAAUCUCGUUUUGUAAAACGCCGUGUUUAAAUUAAUGCAGCUGGUUGUAGCAAGUAGUCUUUAACUUGGUUUGAAUUUCUGUCCAUUUUUUGCUGCUUGCUCAAGUAACAAACUCGGUUCCAAUCACUAUCAAUAUUUCAUGUUGAGUAUCUUGUAAUUUUUAAAUGGUAUUUCUGGUGAUUAUAAUGUAAAAAUUAUAUAUAUAAAAAUAAUCAUAACUCAACAAUUUCAAGAGGUGAUAAUUGUAAUUAUCUGUUUAAUGCUGUUUUGUCUGUGUACAUUUUGUGUUCUCUGUAAUAUGUGAUGUGUAUUGAAAAUGAUGGAGCACUUUGUAUUAUCAGAAACAAAGUUAACAAGCCUUUAAUGAUUAAAGGAACUGGACCAGU